AUGAAUAAUAAUCAUCUAGUAUUCAUUAUGUGCAUUCUAUUUCUAGGGCUUCAAGUUAAGGAUUCUAACUCGUUAAACAAAGAUCCUUCUGACAUCAAAGACUUAUACUUUGAUAUUCAGAAUAAUAGCAUUCCCACGAGGGUAAACAUCAACUUGCCUAUAUAUUAUUAUGUGAUAACAAAAAGUGUGACUCCAUUUAAUGACACAAGAAUAGAACGGGCUUUCAAAAUAGGCAUGGAGCAAAUGUUAAAUAUAUUAUCUGGAUUCAAAUUCGUAAAUAUUCAGCCAGUUCCUAUAAUCCAGCCUAAGAUAAGCAGUAGUAAAUGUAAUCCCGGUUUUAUUAUAGGCAAAUUAAUCCAAGCAGGAAGCGGAUUUCUAGACCAAAUUAGAGUUCAAAGCCAAGAAACAAAUAAAUCUAUCUACAACAUUAGUAAAUCGGCAUUAAAUUAUAAUGGCCUGAUAAAUAUAACGAUACCCAUAAUUAUGGGACCACCUUGUGAAAGGUCUUUAAUGGUCCUAGCUUCGUAUGCGGCAUUUUACGAUAUUCCUCUAUGCACGGGGUAUUUUUGGGUUGAGGAAGUGAUGAAAUACAACCAAGAUAAAGAUGGGAAUACUAUUGUCACAGAUAGUCCUGAUCAUCAAAUUUAUACAAGUUUGACUGUGCUCUCCUCAGAUAUAGAUAGAAUGUCAGAGAUGACCGUAAUGUUAUUAAAAUACAUGAAACAGAGGAUAGCUUUGAUGAUAUACGACAUAGGUCAUUUCAAGACACAUCAGAUGGCCACUAACCUCUACGAAAUGGUUAAGAGUGACAAAUAUUUUUGGGACUUUUAUGGGUACGUCAUUAACAACAAGGGGAACGCGAUUAUGAAUACCAUAGACCAAGAAUACAAUCCCUCAAAUUACAUGGAUGGUAUAAACAACAUAUCCGGAGAGCAAAAGUUGGAUUUGGCUAAAUUUAGACACAAAACUAACGUGUUGAUAUUGAUUACGAGCGGUUAUGACGUCAGACAUAUAUUAUUGUCGGCUUUGGCAUUGGGCAUGACAAAAUCCCACGCUUUCAUAGUUAUUCAAUUGUUUUACAGUGAGGGCCAGACCACUUAUAGUUGGAAAAGAGGUGAUGAAUUAGAUGAGAUGGCUUUCGAGGCUUACAAAUCAGUCUUUUUUAUUACUUUGUCGAGGAUAGCUGGCCCAGUGUGGGACACUUUUAUGAAUAAGAUGCUCACUAAACCGAAUUCCAACCAAACGUAUAACGAUAAGGCCAAGAUAAACCAUAAUAUUGGCUGUUUCCACGAUUGCAUGAUUAUGUACGCUGAAUCGCUGAAGCAAAUUUUAGAAUCCGGUAGUACUAAUGAUCUCUUGGAUUUCACCGAUUUUCCUAGAAAAAUGUGGAACACAACUUUUGAAGGUGUUACCGGAAAUGUGAGAAUCAAUCCCGAAGGAGAGAGAAUAUCGGAUUUCACGAUUAAAUGUCUGAUGGCCAACAUUUCCGAGUUAAAUUACACCCAGGUGGCUGUAUUGCGCUCUGACCCAUCAGCGAAGUUGGAGUUUUAUUUUGACAAAUCCUUAAAAUGGUUCGCAGGUGGCGCAGGACUACCAGCUCCUUACCCAUUUUGUUCUUAUUACGUUUCCAAUUCUACCUGCUUACAUAAACCGAAUCCUUCCAAUAGUACACUCAUCUUAUCUAUGAUGGUCGUAGUUUUGUCAGUGUUAGCCAUUACCGCAGCAGUCUUUGCUUACAAGAAAUAUGCAACAAAUAUUAAUCCACUUGAAGAAAGUUGGAGGAUCGAUUGGAGUGAAUUUGACUUUCUUGUAGAGGAUUCCAAGAAUGAAAAAUCGAACAAUCCAUUAUUCGAAUAUGAAGGUUCUCUAGAGAGCAAGGAUAUUUACAACACCGGAUGCAUAAAAGGAGAUUUCAAGGGUAAAGCAGUUUUGCUCAAACGGUUAAAGCGGCACAUGUUGGACAUCGAUCAGACCCUCAUAAAAGACGCUACUAAUUUAAAAGAAGUGGGUCAAGAAAAUUUGAUCAAAUUUAUAGGAGUCUGCAUAAAUGAGACAUUUUCAAUCUACGCCGUUAAUGAAUAUCUAGUAUGUAGGAAAAAAUUGGUGGAUGUCAUAGGGAAAGAUUAUUUUCGUUCAGAGUGGAUGCUUACUUACUCCAUCCUAUACGACAUAAUAAAAGUUAUAAAACAAACAAUAAAAUAA